UGAGUGUAUUAAAAGGCACGUUGGCAGCCCGAAGUCGGUCAGUCUCCCGUCGAAUGUUUUUAGCAGUAGCACGUCUUUCGACGAUGGUCUCAUCAUCUUAUCAACAUUCUCUUAUCACCGAGUGACUCUACACAACAAAAAUUUGGCCACAUUUCGAGAGGGGUGGAUUUUCUGCACAGCACCAAUUGAUUUCGUGAUGUUGUUGUUAUUGUUGUUGUAGUUGAGCUAUAAAUCUCGUGCUGAGAGGAAAAAAAUGUUCGUGAGCUGAUCGCACCACCACAGACACACACAAAGUUUAAGGUUAAUAGUGAAAGUUGUGGUUAUUUUUUCCCCUUGGUGAGUGACGGCCGAGAACGAAAAACAACAAACUCCCAGACUCCCCAUAUUAUAAAUCAGGUUGAGUUUCCUUUUGAAAAGGGAUGCCAAGACAAUUACGAUCGGACGCUGGGCCGCCGUCAAUACCAUCAACGAGAUCAACAAGAGAAUUGUAGUGAUGAAGUGGAAGGAAAGAGUGGCUCUGGCUUUGGGCGUGAGUGUUGUCCUCCUCACAUCCGUAUUAGUGCUUGAUAUACGCUACGCCUCCAGUGGAGGACGAGCAGAGCAACCCGAUGCCGGAUUUAUUCUUCCAGCGCUCAGGCACGGAACAGCCAGACAAAAAGAGGGGAAAGAGUUUCAACGACAAUUUCUCGACAAACACAAUCCUGCUGCUGCUGCUGUAGUGCCGUCUAAUAAUCUAGAACAUCCAGUUCUUCCUACUGCACAGCAGCAGCAGCCCAAUGCCAACAAUGACGAUAUGGAGCUCGGGGUCGUUGCGAGCAACGCGACACUCAACGACGACGACCCAGCUGCCCAACAAAGCAACAAUGAACAGGGUUCCAAGGCGGAUGUGAUGCGAGACCUUUUAAAGGGCAAAAGGUCUUCGCCAUCAGAUACAAAUAAAACCUACAAGAAUUCCGAUGGCAGUGGUUUGGAUCACCGUAAAAGUCAAUUCAAAGAUCUUAUGAAAUACAUUGUGCCGGCGGAGCUGAGUCGGCCCGUUCAAGGUCACCUGCGUGAGUUGGACGUGACUGUUAUGCGGCUGCGCAACGUUAGUCUUAGUGAGGAUGCCACUUCUUGGGAAAAGUUUCACGUCUCUAUUUCGAAGGAAGAGUUAUACCACGAGGAUGACCCAAUGAUCGACGAACUCUUGCAAGACAUGACUAGUCUAGAAUUUUACAACAUCAGUCAAAAAGAAGGUGGUACGCAGCUGAAACUAGUCAUCGAGUUUGCCCCAGGGGGGAUGGCGAUGUUGAAACCCAUGAGAUUCCCGCGUGAACAGGAAACUUUACCUAAUCACUUUUACUUUACCGAUUACGAACGUCACAAUGCCGAGAUAGCCGCCUUCCACCUUGAUCGAAUUAUGGGCUUCCGACGAGCUCCACCCGUUGUCGGUCGAUUGGUCAACAUGACCACCGAAUUGUAUGCCCUUGCCACUGGCGAGCUAUUGCGAACUUUCUUUAUUUCUCCCGCACAAAAUCUCUGUUUCCAUGGUAAAUGCAGCUAUUACUGUGAUACCGGCCACGCUAUUUGCGGUCAUCCAGACCAAAUGGAAGCAUCACUGGCCGCUUUUUUGCCCGAUAAAGAAUUUGUGCCAAGAAAAACUUGGCGCCACCCAUGGCGAAGAUCCUACCACAAACGUAAAAAAGCCCAAUGGGAAGAAGAUGAUCAAUACUGCGAUCAAGUCCGCCAACUUCCUCCUUACAACGAAGGACGCCGAUUGGUCGAUUUAAUCGAUUUGGCCAUCUUCGAUUUCUUGGCCGGGAACAUGGAUCGUCAUCAUUAUGAAACUCUGAGUUUGUUUGGCAAUCAAACGUUCCCCAUUCACUUGGAUCAAGGUCGUGCGUUCGGUCGACCCAAUCACGACGAAAUGUCAAUUUUGGCUCCACUAUACCAAUGUUGCCUUGUGAGGCGGACGACGCUCGCAACUCUUUUACGUUUUCAUCACGGGCCAUUACGACUCAGUUCUCUCAUGCGCAAGUCGUUGGCACGCGAUCCACUUGAUCCGAUUUUAGCUGCGGGACAUUUCGAUGCCAUGGACCGCCGCGUCGCCAUUACAUUACGUGUCAUUCGCCAUUGUUUGAGUAGACAUGAAGCCGAUCAAGUUAUUGUCGGUUUCGCAGAUUGGAAAGAUAAGAAUUCAAAAAUGGGAAAUUUAUAAUAAUGACGAGUGUCGUAUUUUUUUUUUUAAAUAUCGUGUCUUCUUCAAAAACGUUUGACAACAUGUUCAUAUUAUAUAAACUUGUUUAUUGAUUUAAUUGGCGGAAUUUCCACUUGAUAUUAUACUAACAUGAUUGGA